CUCUCUCUAUAUAUAUAUAUAUAUCUCUCUCUCUGCCUAUAUUUUAGUGCUUCCUCUCUCCCCCUCCCUCUCAGUUUCUCCCUCCUCCCCUCCUCCCUCCUCCCUUUUUCUCUCUUAAACCCACACCCUGGUGCAGACCUAGACGUGCAGAAACCGGAAGACACUCACAGCCUUGUCUACCUCCAUCUCUUUCCAACCUUGCCCUGGAGGAUUAAAGCACACUGCUGUGUGGAACAAAGCAACUAUGUCUGACAAACCUGACCUGACAGAGAUCACCUGCUUCGACAAGACCAAACUGAAGAAGACUGAGACGAUAGAAAAGAACCCCCUGCCAACCAAAGAGACCAUUGAACAGGAAAGGAAAGGGGACGCAACGCCUUGAUGUGACUUGGUGAAGAGGCCGUGAGGAGGAAAACAGGAGAGGAGGCAGAGAUGCCACCAACAAAAGCACUUUGUUUGUCUCAGUAUUCUACUUGAAGUGACUUUGUAUUGUAUAACAGGGUGCUGUAGGGCCCUGGGAGAUGCAGUAGUGGAGGAGGGUACAUGGGAUGCAUCCCUAAUGUAACCCUAUUCCUUAUAUAGUGCAAUAAUAUUGACCUGGUCCACUAUAUAGAGAAUAUGGUGUCAUUUGGGACACAGAUUGAUAUCUUCACAGGGGUCUAUCUAUCAUCAGGGGAAUAUAGUUAUAGCCUGGCUGCCAGUAUUGGGCCAGAAACAACACCUAGCCCUUACCCCCUGGCCUCUACCCCUUUACUCCCUAGCCUCUACACCUUUACUCCCUAGCCUCUACCCCUUUACUCCCUAGCCUCUACCCCUUUACUCCCUAGCCUCUACCCCUUUACUCCCUAGCCUCUACCCCUUUACUCCCUAGCCUCUACCUAGCCUCUAACCCUUUACUCCCAAGCCUCUACCCCUUUACUCCCUAGCCUCUACCCCUUUACUCCCUAGCCUCUACCCCUUUACUCCCUAGCCUCUAACCCUUUACUCCCUAGCCUCUAACCCUUUACUCCCUAGCCUCUAACCCUUUACUCCCUAGCCUCUAACCCUUUAUUCCCUAGCCUCUACCCCUUUACCCCCUAGCCUCUGCCCCUUUACUCCCUAGCCUCUACCCCUUUACCCCCUAGCCUCUACCACUUUACCCCCUAGCCUCUGCCCCUUUACUCCCUAUCCUCUACCCCUUUACCCCCUAGCCUCUGCCCCUUUACUCCCUAGCCUCUACCCCUUUACCCCCUAGCCUCGACCCCUUUACUCCCUAGACUCUACCCCCAAGCCUCUACCCCCUAGCCUUUACCCACUUACUCCCUAGCCUCUACCCCCUAGCCCAUACUCCCUAGCCCUUACCCCCUAGUCUUUACCCCCUAGGCUCUACCCCCUAGCCCUUACCCCCUAGCCUUCACCAAAUCAAGUCAGGCAUCCAGGCUAAGAGAGGUCGGGGAGAGGAAGGUGUGGGGAUUAUGGAGGUGUUUUCAUAAUUCACUUUUUACUUUUCUUUAUGAAAUAAAGACAAAAGGGUGUAAUACAAAACAA